GCAGUUGUGCGGCUCGUGCCGCAGGUGGGCAGCAGUGAGCGCGAGCUGCAGUACCUGUCUCAGGUUCAUUCUGGGCGGAGAGCAUCUUUAACUCUCAGUCGAGGUGGAGCCAGAAGCUGAAACGAGCCUGAAGCGAUUUAAGAGGCGACGGACGGUCACAUGCAGCCGCUCGAAUGAUCUGAUUCCCUGUAAUGAUCUGAUCUCAGUCCACAUAUCAACUUCAAACCUGUCCUCUGUGAGUUCCAGAACAGAUCGUCCUGAAGAAUCGGCAGAGAUCCUCUACUGAAGCGCGGCAGCGUCCUCGUCUUCCCGCAGACCUCCUCAGGUGGAAGACAACAACAUGGGCCGGAAAGGAGGACGGACACAAUCAUGCCUCCUGCCUCUUCUGCUGGUGUUCAGCAUGUGUUUUGUGAGUGCCGAGUACUCGAGCUGUGGAGAAAAUGAGUUUUACAAUUACACAGUCAGCAGUUGCCAACCCUGCCCACAAUGCCAACCAGGACAAGAGCCGUACAUGAACUGUGGUUAUGGCACUAAGGAUGACGACUAUAACUGCGUGGCGUGUCCCGCGGGGAAGUUCUCCAAAGGCAAGUAUGAGAUCUGCCGGAGACACAAAGACUGCGACUCCCUGUACCGGGCCACCGUGUUGACGCCGGGGACUUUAGAGAGCGACGCUGAGUGCGGACCAUGUUUACCGGGGUACUACAUUCUGGAAAACAGGCCGCGUAACAUCUACGGGAUGGUGUGUCAUUCCUGUCAAAACGCUCCACGCAACAUCAAAGAGUGCAUGCGAUCCACACCGUCAUCAGCAGGUCAAGCUCCCAGUGUCUCGUCCAGCAGCACCACUGUAUUUCAGCAGCCGGAGAAAGAUCCAACAGGACAAGGUCAUCUAGCAACAGCCCUCAUCAUCGCCAUGUCAACCAUCUUCAUCAUGGCAAUCGCUAUAGUGAUGAUCAUUAUGUUCUACAUCCUGAAGGCCAAACCGAGCGGACAAGCAUGCUGUUCUGGACAAAUAAUAAAGACUGUGGAAGCCCAAACAAACAAGCAGGAGGAGAAGAAAGAGGUUCAAGAAAGCGUGGUGAUCUUUGCAGAGAAGGAUGAAUUUGAUAAGCUCAAACCUUCAUCUCCAAAAACAGCAAAGAGCGAGAACGACGCGUCGUCAGAGAACGAGCAGCUCUUGAGUCGCAGCAUCGACAGUGACGAGGAAGCAGCGCAGGACAAGCAGGGAGCCGCUGACCUUUGCCUUCUGUCCCUGGUGCAUCUGACCCGAGACAAAACCUGCUCCACCAACACCAUCAACAACAACAACAACUGCAGCAGAGCCACCGGCAUUCACAGCAGAAGGAAAAAGAUCCUGGACUUGUACUCAAAAGCCUGCAGUGUUGCGGAGGGUCUGAGUCCGACCGAGCUGCCGUUCGACUGUCUGGAGCGCACCAGCCGCAUGCUCAGCGCCACCUACAGCACAGACAAGGCCGUGGUCAAGACGUGGCGGCACCUCGCCGAGAGCUUCGGGCUGAAGCGCGACGAGAUCGGCGGCAUGAGCGACGGCAUGCAGCUCUUCGACCGGAUCAGUACGGCGGGUUACAGCAUCCCAGACCUCCUGACCCGUCUGGUCCAGAUCGAGCGGCUGGACGCGGUGGAGACCCUCUGCUUCGACAUUCUGGGCGGCCCGGAGAACAGCGUCCCCCCAUCCAGCCACCAUCCGACCCUGACGUCCCGCUGCGCCAGCGUCUGACAGACACAUGAAGGACCCGACCUGAACAUCCCAGACCCAUGUACAUUUGACCGGCCAGUUUGUUUCUGUGGUCCUGACUGAAGUGGAUGUUCAGCAACAUUUCCAGCUCUCAGACGUUUUCUACAUAUAAACACAGACACGAGACUGACACGGUUGCAUUAAUAACCCAAUGCAAGUACACGUUUUAUUCUCUUCAGCGGUCGGUUUUCUGUUUCGACUGCAAAAACAGUUUGAAGAGAAUGUGUUCAAGUUAGUUAAACUGUCUAAUUUUGUAUAACUAACAAAAUAUAUCGGCCACCAUAUCGGUAUCGGCUGAUAUGUGUUCAGUGUUAUCAUUAUCGGCCCGAUAAGAAAAUGUGGCCGAUAUAUUAAAGCUGAGACUCUUCAGAUGUGCA